CGAUGAUUGCAGCUCGCAGCCACCACUCCCCAAAACACUCCUCUGAUCUCAGGUCCACCACAAAAAGUAGAAUUGACAAUGGCCGCAGCAGCCAGAGUGAUAGCCGUCGCCGGUCACUCCACCGCCACUGCCUCUUCCUGCUUGCUUUUCAAAAAGCCGUUCGCUUUGAAACGCGGCAGCAACGCACUUAAUCUCAACAACGGCAGACGAUUGUCGAAGAGAUUGUUCUCUUGCAAUGCCAUUUAUAACCCCCAGUUUCAGAUCAAACAAGAAGGCCAACCCGAGUCACUCGACUACAGAGUCUUUUUCGAAGAUACUUCGGGCAAAAAGAUUUCUCCUUGGCAUGAUGUUCCAUUGCACUUGGGAGAUGAUGCUUUUAGCUUCAUCGUCGAGAUACCCAAGGAAUCAAGUGCGAAAAUGGAGGUUGCUACUGAUGAGUUGUACACUCCCAUUAAGCAGGACACAAAGAAGGGAAAGCUUCGAUAUUACCCCUAUAAUAUAAAUUGGAACUAUGGAUUGCUUCCACAAACAUGGGAAGAUCCAUCUUUGGCAAACUCUGAAGUUGAAGGAGCAUUUGGUGAUAACGACCCUGUUGAUGUUGUUGAGAUUGGUGAAACCCAGAGGAAGAUUGGUGAUGUCUUGAAGGUUAAGCCCCUGGCUGCUUUAGCCAUGAUUGAUGAAGGGGAGCUUGACUGGAAAAUAGUUGCCAUUUCAUUAGAUGAUCCAAGGGCUUCUCUUGUUAAUGAUGUUGACGAUGUUGAAAAGCACUUCCCGGGGACUCUCACUGCAAUCAGGGAUUGGUUUAGGGACUACAAGAUCCCUGAUGGAAAACCGGCCAACAAGUUUGGCCUUGGCAACAAAGCGGCAAACAAGGAUUAUGCUCUUAAGGUUAUUGCAGAGACUUACGGGUCUUGGGCUAAACUUGUCAAACGGUCAAUUCCCGCUGGAGAGCUUUCACUCGUGUAA